CUUAAAGUUACCAAUAAAAAACGCAGAAAGAUUUAAAGAACGCUGAUAAUAUCUAAUAGGUUUAAUCUGGGAAUUAUCUGAAGGGUAUAGAAAAAUGUUCUUCGAACGUACCCUUCAGAGUCAAAUAAUACAAGAUGAGCUAUCACCACCCAAACAGACUAUUUUCCGGUCCAAAAACCGUAGACUUCCUCAAAUAAUCUUAGACAAAGGAAAACAUUAUCUGAAGCUGUUCCUCGAGACAUCAUCCAUACAUGGACUGAACCAUUUGGUUGCCGAUAAGAGACACCUUCUCGAAAUCAUACUCUGGUUCACCAUCAUCUUACUAUCAGGGUUUGGCUCCCUGUACCUGUCCCAGAUGACCUGGAGCCGUUACCAGUCGUCUCCCACCGUCGUCUCCAUGGACCGAGACAUGUUCGCUUGGAACACCACCUUCCCCUGUGUCACCGUCUGUCCUAAUAAUUACAUUGAUUCUAGGAAACUUGAUAUCUUCUUGCGAAACUCCAAAGAAGAAAAUAAGACUCGACUAGAAAACUUCAUCAUCAGCCUUGCGAAUGCUUCAUACAGGAACUUUGAGAGCAUUCCAGUCUACCCAGAUAUUAGCCCAGACAAAUACAUCCAGUUACUGGUGAACUUAUCUGUACCAUUCAAACCAUCAUUGACCAUUGGAGUAUCAAAUGUGGCUUUAUCAAUAGUUCCUACUAUUACUGAGAUGGGUCUAUGUUAUGCCGUGAAUUCGAGGAUGGCUGUUUAUAAUUCUCCAGAGUAUAGAGAUGCAAAUCGAUGGGACAUUAUAAAUGAUGAUACAAAAAGUUUGUUCAUUCAUCCAUUGGACGGAGAAGUGUUUGCCCAAGUCAUGAAUAUUUCCACUUCGUAUGACGUUUACAUCCACGGUCCUCAAGAAGUUCCGGAUAUAUCGACAAAGUUUCAGCGUUCAGCCAAAGGGUACUACAUGAAGUUGUACGUGACUGCGCUCACUGUCUACACCUCACAGGAAGCAGCUAAGUUAAGCAUCAAUCAGCGUCGGUGUCGGUUCCCCCACGAGAAUAAUCUGAAGCACAACUCGAUAUACACGUACACCAUGUGUCGCAUGGAGUGUCGUAUUCGUCUCUGCUUGAAGUACUGUCGGUGUAUCCCUCACUUCUACAGGAGGAUUGGAGACGAACAACUCUGCGAUGUAGAAGGUUUGCACUGUCUCUCCAAAUAUAAAGAUGAGUUGUACAAACUUCAAGAUUCGAGUGGAAAGAAAGUGAUGUGUGGAUGUUACCCACUCUGUGAUGACGUCAACUACGUGCUGCAGUCUAAUGCUCUUCAAGAAUGGUUUCUGGGUACAAACCUUCAAUGGGGUAUGGUGACAUAUCCUCGCAUGAGGUACAGAAGGGAUAUUAUCUUCGGCUUCACUGAUGUACUGGUUGCUGUUGGCGGCAUGGCUGGUCUGUUCCUGGGCUGCAGUGUGCUGAGCUUCAUGGAGAUAGUUUACUUCCUCACGUUGCGCCUCUUCUGCUACGCUCAGACUUCUAAAUAG